AUGGCAGGUCCUCCACCCCCACCACCGCCACCUCCUCCUGGAGGCGCACCAAACUUAAGUGCACCAAUUCCAGGACCACCUCCUGCCGCCGCAAUGUCUCCUGGAAGGGAUGCAUUACUUGGUGACAUUAGAAAAGGAGCAAAGUUAAAAAAGGCAGUGACUGUUGAUAAAUCAAAACCAAUGAUAGAUGGAAACCUGUCUGUAUCUACAAGUGCACCAUCACUGCUGACGCAUGGGGGCAGUAGUUCUACAUCUGUGCUGGCUCCGGCAAUCCCAUCAGGGGCACCUCAAUUAGGGGACAUAUUUGCCGGCGGAAUGCCCAAAUUGAAGCAUGUUGACAACAGAGCAGGAAUCACACCACCAUCAGCGCCAAAGAUUCCAACAAAAACACCGGCACCACCAUCAACCAGGCCCUCAAAGCCAGCAGCAACAGCUGCUCCACCAAUUCCACAAAGCAAUCCACCAUCAUCAACUGCACCACCAGUUCCUACAAGUGUGCCACAAACUCCUAAAGUACCCCCCACUCGACCAAAGAAGCCCAAUCAUGUGAAGAAUAGCUCAAUUAGUUCAAUCAACUCAAUUGAGUCGACGAAUAAACCACCACCAUUGCCUUCUGGACCUCCACCACUUCCAACAACAGCUCCCUCAAUUCCUACAAACUCAAAGCCUUCUAAGAGGAACCCACCAUCCAAUGCUGCACCUUCGAUACCUAGACCACCUCCAGUACCGCCAGCUGUGGCACCUUCAUCUUCAUCAGCCUCAUCAACCUCUGCAACUCCUUCAGUACCUCCAUUACCGGCAGGAGGGUUACCGUUCUUGAGCGAAAUAAACGCACGGAGAGAUGACAAAAACGUGGUCGAUAAGGCACCAUCAACCGCAGGAAGUUCUCUGAGCAAACCAGCGACGCAUAGUGCACCACCCCCAUUACCAAAUACAGCGGCCCCUAAACCACCACCAGUACCACAGAGCUCAGCUCCAAAAGCUCCUCCAUUACCAAAUACUGCAGCCCCUAUACCACCACCAGUACCACCGAUCUCGGCUCCAAAGGCGCCACCCUUACCACAAAGCCCAGCACCUAAAGCUCCACCAGUUCCAUCAGGUGUCCCUGCACCACCAGUACCUCCACCCCCCUCGGUAGCACCAAAAACGUCGACUUCUAAGCCUAUAGCAAAAUCUUCAGCAGCGUCAGCACCUGCACCAGGAGGGGCUCUACCAUUUUUGGCUCAAAUAAAUGCAAAGAGAGAUGAUUCUUUCGUGGUAGAUGGCAGCCUGAAUUCGUACAAUACAAAAACGGAGUCUUCUGCAAUUACAUCGUCGCCAGUGAAAGCGAAUGGAAAUGGGUCACAAAGAAAUUCUGUCGGUACAACCAAAAAAUCUACAAUACCUGCCCCACACAUACCAAAUUCUGGUGCUCCACCAAUCCCAGAUAUGUUGCCGCCACAGAAAAAGCCAACUCAAGCACAAGCUUCUCCAGCACCAUCAGUUCCAACGGCACCACCAGCACCACCAGCACCCCCAGCUCCCCCACAACAAUCCUCAACACCACCGAUACCAAAAACCUCUCCUGCUCAGCAAAAAGUGAGACCAUUAGUGCCACCAGCGUCGAACGACUUACCAUCACACAGUGACGUUAACAGGACCCAUACUUCCUUCUCAAUGGUCCCGCCUUCACCAACAGGAGGUCCACCACUGCUGCCACCACCACCACCAACCUCUUCAGCGCCCACGAUACCAAAACACAAGAAAGCUGCACCACCACCACCACCACCAGGAUCGUCCCAAUCACCAUCGUCUACAAUCUCCAGAUCCAGAACAACUUCAUCACAACAACACAAUGAUGAUCUUGAUUCCAAACAAAAUGCUGGUUCAUCAUUACGAAAGAUAUCGGCACUGGCUUAUACUAUAAAUGGACACAACAAUACUUCAUCAUCGGGACAAAAGGUGGUUAUUGAAGACAAGAGGUUUAAAUUUGUCAAUGCUAAUGCCCUACCUAACCCUAGAAGAUUUGAAGGUGCAAAGAAGUUGUAUCCUAGUGGAAGAGGUUCGUCAAUCCCAUUGGACUUGAGUUUGUAUGAUUAA